ACCAAGACAGAAACUAUAUAUCAACAAAACCACGUACCACCUAGUUUCAUAUUCUGGUGUCUCAUUGUUAAUUUUUCCUCUUCCAUCAGCUGACUCUUUUGAAAAGGAAACAACCCUCCACUUGGUUUUUUGAGGUUACAUAAAUUGUGACACUCACAUGGACACGGAAGAUAAAUUAAGUUCAAAAAAACCACAUGGUUUGGCUGAUGAAGCAACUGCAGCAACAGAAACUGUUUCUGAAAAAGAAGAACGACCAUUACGUUUGUAUUUCGGUAAUGGUCCAAGAAUCCACAAGCAGUUGUGCAUUAAGUAUGGUGUUGUUGAUAAACGCUGUGAAAAAUGUGGUAAAGUUGGACAGUUAACAUGCUUUUCACCGGCUUUCCGAAAAUGGGCUUUAGGGAGAGUUACAGAAGAAGAACUCAACCAAACUUGCAAAAUAUGCAAUGAACGUGGACACAUCUAUCUAGACUGUGAUCUUCCUAACGAAUUGGCUGAAGUUCCUCCUCCUAAACAAAAGAGAACAGUGCGUUGCGGAUUAUGUGGUGAAGCUGGACAUAAUAAACGGACAUGUCCGAAAGCUAGGCAUAACUGAAUGUUUAAUUAUGAGAACAAUCUCUUGAUAGUUUUUAGUUUGAAACAUGGUAGACAUUUUUAUUACUUAUACUAGGUGCACAACAUUUGGAUACAACUUUAUUUCAAUAUU